CGCCGAGCCUAAGGCCUGCUUAAGAUUACCUCUCUCUUUCCCUCUGCCCCUCUCCCCCACUCGCGCGCGCUCUCUCUCAAAUAACAAUAAAAGAAAUUCCGAAACCACAGCUCGAUUGAAGAAAUGUUACAGACUGAAAUGUUUCCCCUCAGACGCCUCAGUCUGCUUUCUAUUAUCAGGCCUCCUUAUUUAAAUUUGUACUGAGACUUUCAGUUUUUUCUCAUAUAGUGAAUUUUCAUUUUCUCUCACAUGGUGAGAGCAUCUGUGUCGCGGGGGAGUUUCUCUAUAUUACCAAAAAUAAGUGUUGUCUACCAUCUCCUUUGUUAAUGAUGGUGCACAUAAAUUUUUGUUUCUCUCUGGUUUAAUUUAAAUCACCGAAAAAUCCACCAUUGUUGGUAACAAGCAAUGAUGUAACUAACCCCUCUGCAUUUUCAGUAGUAUACGUCAAUUCUCCAGGAGACAUACUUGCCUUAAUAUUGGGGGCUUUUGGGUAAAUACCAAAGGAAAAAAUAUUGCCAGUCCAAGACAUCACUCCGUUUUUUGUUCUGUGGCCCAAUCGAUCAUUCUAAGGCGAUUUUCCAGCCUGUUCUAGCGAACCUUCAUCUGUCUCAUGGACUGUCAGUCUUUUAACAUCAUUCCUACAAAAAUGUACGGCUGUGCUUCCUUAGGGAAUCUUUGGGGCCUAUGGAAAAUUCCACUGCUGUAGUACACGGUGGUUGCUGAUCACCUGAGUCAGAAUCAGCUGGAAUCAAGGACACCCUACAAGUCACAGUGUCUCUACGAGAACCAACGUCUGGUUGGUACACUCCUGUAGGUGCAAGCCUCUUGGCGAGUCAGUGGUGUCUUUGUGCAAAGAAAAAUGCGCUUCCUCUAACCUGUGCCAGGGCGCGUGUGGGCUGGAUGUCAGCCUCGGCGGCCUCUUCACCAGCACACCUCAGGACAACGCCGUGCCUUCGCCUGGGAUACGUGUGGAAGACGCAGGCCCCAGGGACCCUUCCCACACCUACUGAGUGACAGUCUGUUCAAGUGAACUUGUUGGAAAAGCUCCAGAACGUUUGUUCUAGUGAGUGGAGAGACUGGAGGAAGGAAAACUCUUUGAAAGCAUUCUAGUCAUCCUGCCGUGAAAUUCAGUUACCUCUGACUUUUGAAGAUGUUGCCAUUUAUUUCUCUGAACAAGAAUGGCAGAAUCUGGAGGCAUGGCAGAAGGAGCUUUACAAGCAUGUAAUGAGAACCAACUAUGAGAUUCUUGUUUCUCUAGAUGAUGGACUUCCCAAACCAGAACUAAUAUCACGGAUUGAACAGGGGAAAGAGUUCUUCAAGAACUGGGGAGAAUCACAGAAAUCAGGAAACAUAAUUUGCUCUUCAGCUGAUCUGCAUUUUGAUCCAGUUAUUGAGGGACAUCUGUUUUGGCGAAGUCAACAAGCUGUGAAAUCAGGAGAAGCUAAAUGCCGGUUCCAAGUAGAUCUCCUACAGGGCCAGUGCCCCUCUGAACCCUCACUAGGAGGAAGGGCAGGUGCUUCCUUCAGGCCUGACGGGAGGAUCGCUCUCGUGAAUCCACACAGACAUGUCGCAUGGGCUCCAAUUCCAGUAGUCCCCAGCUGCAGGGAACCUACCUGGAGAGAAGGAAUCCCAAGUCCCAGAACUCUGGCUCCCCCUGCCUUUCAGGAGGAAAGCUCCUGGGAGGGCACCCAGCACCCAAGCGCUGUUAGUGAGGAAAGCUUUUGGAAGAAGAAUCACUUAGAGAAGCACGAGAGCCACUUGAGUGACCAGCCGUGUAGGCCCUGGAAGAAAUUCAGCAAACAAGCUGAUCCACGGCAACAGCGCAGCAUCCCUCAGGGUCGGAGGCAUUUCCGGUGUCACGACUGCGGGCGGAGCUUCCACCGGAAGCGGUAUUUGCUCAGGCAUCUGGCUGUACCGGCGGGGACGAGCCCCCCGCAGGGCCCUGGAUGUAAACGGUGCGGCCCGCGCAAGCAGAUCCUUCUCGGCCACCGCCUCCGGCGCAGGGGGGAGAGGCCUUCCCAGUGCCCCAGGUGCGACCGGAACGCUCUCCCGAAGAACAGCCUGGCGGCUCCCCAGGGCCAGCCCAGCAGGGGGAGGCUGGUCUCCCGUGGCGAGGGCGACCUGGCCCUCCCAGGGAAGGCACGGCGGGCCAGCUUGCGCUCGGGAGGGAAGCCAGGCCCGUGGCCGGGGGCCGCGGAGACUGUCCGGCACCGCCCCGCCGGGGAGAGGCCGUUGUCUUGCCCCGAGGGUGGCGAGCGCUUCGCUGCCGGGUCCCAGCUCCCCAGCCACAAACGGGUGCACGCGGGAGAGCGGCCCUUCUGGUGCCAGGAGUGCGGCGACAGCUUCCGCCCGGGUGGCUCGCUGGAGGUCCACCGGCGCGCGAACGGCGGCGGCAGACCCUUCUCCUGUGCCAAGUGCGGCAAGGGCUUCGCCAAGCGGUGUAAGCUCACGGAGCACGUCCGAGUGCACAGCGGGGAGAGGCCCUUCGGGUGCGCCGACUGCGGCCGGAGCUUCCGCCAGAGGGGACAGCUGCUGCGGCACCGGCGCCUGCACACGGACGAGAAGCCCUUCCAGUGCCCGGAGUGCGGGCUGAGCUUCCGCCUCCAGAGCAUGCUGAGAGCACACCGGCUCCGGCACGGCGGGGAGAGGCCGUUCUCCUGCGGCGAGUGCGGCAGGGGCUUUGCGCACCGCUGCAAGCUCCGGGAGCACCUGCGGGUGCACAGCGGGGAGAGGCCCUUCCGGUGCCCCGAGUGCGGCAAGAGCUUCCGCCUCAAGGGCAUCCUGAAGGCCCACCAGCGCACCCACAGCAAGGAGAGGCCCUUCUCGUGCGGGGAGUGCGGCAAGGGCUUCACCCGGCAGUCCAAGCUCGCCGAGCACUUCCGCGUGCACAGCGGCGAGAGGCCCUUCCGCUGCUCCAGCUGCGACCGGAGUUUCCGCCUCAAGGGGCAGCUGCUUAGUCACCAGCGCCUGCACACAGGCGAGAGACCCUUCCAGUGCCCCGAGUGCGGCAAGAGCUACCGCGUCAAGGCCGACAUGAAGGCCCACCAGCUGCUGCACGGCGGGCAGAUGCCCUUCUCCUGCGAGUGCGGCAAAGGCUUCGCCAAGCAGUCCAAGCUCAUCGAACACGUUCGGACGCACACGGGGGAGAAGCCCUUCCAGUGCCCCACGUGCGACAAGAGUUUCCGCCUGAAGGCGCAGCUGCUCAGCCACCAAGGCCUGCACACAGGCGAGAGGCCCUUCCACUGUCCCGAGUGUGAUAAGAACUUCCGAGAGAAGGGACACAUGCUGAGGCACCAGCGCAUACACAGACCCGAGAGGCCGUUCGCCUGCGGCGACUGUGGCAAGGGCUUCAUCUACAAGUCCAAACUUGCCGAACACAUCCGCGUGCACGCCAAAUCCUGCAGUGCCCCCAGCGAGCCUGACGUCAAGAAGAGGCUCAGCCAGCUGUUCGCGAUGAUCGAGGCUGACUGGAGUUGAGGCCGGGAAGGGCGUCCAGAGCCUUCGGCAGGCUUGACGUUCCCUGGGAAUCCACAGCAGCCAUAGCGAAACCCGCCGGGAGACAGAUUUUAGGAACAGGGGCCCUUUUUUGACCAAGAAUGGAACCAAGUUAGGAGUAUGAGAAGCCACAAAGGAUUUUCUCGGCUAAAACAUCACCAGGAAGGGGCGCCUGGGUGGCCCAGUCACUUGAGCAUCCGACUCCUGAUUUCGGCUCAGGUCAUGAUCUCAGGAUUUCACAGAUGGUAAAAGAUCCAGAGUGUUCAAAAUAUUGUUAAAAACUAGAGGUGCCUUGGAGAAAGUCAAGAAGAAAGAAGAGAGGGGAAAACGUUUUCAAAAUACGAAA